AUGAAACAGAAUGGAAAAAAAAUUACACGACGUACAUAUACUUAUAAUCUUUCUGAUGACAAAACAAUUGAUAAACCAAUUAAAGAACUCCUCAUCAACAAUGAAAAAAAUAAAGGACUAUAUGAAAACCCUAUCAUUAAAAUUGGAAAAGAUUAUAAAUGGACCAUCACUCAUAACAAAGAACAUCAACAUAUAAAUAUAAGGGCUCUAAACAAAAACAGCAACAGUAGUAGUGACUAUGAAUUAUCAUAUGAAGAAGAAUUCAUUCAAUGCAAGUUAUUUGAUGAUAGAUUGACCUUAAUAACAACAAAUUAUAUACAAAUUUUUGCUGUUGAUGAAAAAAAAAAUUUAAUAUAUGUUAGAUAUAUUAGAAGUCAUAAAUUGAGUAUAGAAGGUUUAAAAAAAAGCAUCAAGUCUAUUGAAAAAGAUUAUGAAGAGAUGAUUCAAUACUUGACAAAAGAUUUCUAUUAUCUCACCAAAUAUGGAGACAUGAGUUUAGAUGGAGCGUUAAAUGGAGGAAAUGAACAUUUUGUAGAAGGAAUGGUUGAAUCAUGUCUUGAAUG